UUACAUACAACAGUAAUGUGUGUGUUUCCGCAGCCGACGAGAGACGCCACCGGUGCUGCUAUCGCGGUGUUCACGGCGAACAAACACUUCCCAUCGCAGACGACGCAUCAAACAACCUUACAGGGCGUGGUGUACCAGCUGGACGUGGCGCUGCAGUCGCCGGACACGCAGCGCGCCGGCCUCGUGUUCAUAUACGACAUGACCGACUCCAAGUACACCAACUUCGACUACGAGCUCUCGCAGAAGAUACUCACCAUGUUGAAGGUAAGCGGACAUUUAACGAUGUAUAUAUAUAUGCGCCAUCGCUCCAAGAGGAAGUCUGUUAUAUUAUGUAUUGACGAAUGCUCUGGUAAUGAUAAACGAAGCAACAGUGGACCGAAUAUAGGAGGAAAUGGGAAAAAAAAUGUGUCAUGCAUUUGUAUUUAUUUUAUUUUUAUUUUGGGGUAUUCCAGGAGCUAAUGGCUAAUUUUACAA